GCUCGUCUGUGCAGAAGUAGAGACAGGAACAAGCUCGGCGGAUUGGCAAAGUCGGAACGAGUGUGAUUAAAAAACACAAACAAAAUCCAUAAUCUGCAAUACGACAGCCUCCAAACUAUAAAACUGACUUGACAAGCGGCGCAUCAUUGUCUUCGAUUAAUUUAUUUGGAUAGACAAGGGAUCAAAAGAGUUGGUCUGCAGCCUAAUAGUGAAGAUUUGGAGGAAGAACAACCUGGUGGAUUUUUGCUCUGCAAGAAUUUCAAGAGAACCGAGAUCUCACAACAUGCAAGAAUACUAGCUGGAGUACAGCAGUUGUUUCAGUGAAUGUUCAAGUUUUGCGUGCACUUUGAUUUGUCUUCAUUGAGUGGCUGUUGAAUCACCAAUGAACGGUACACCGUGUAUAACGACACCUUUGUUAAGAAUACAUGCACUUUAGCAUCACAAUAUUCCUCUGCAGAACUCCAUUCUAAUUUGAUGAACUGGAAAGCUGGAAGUGUUGUUAGGAAUCGAAUCACAUUUACUUUAAAUUUUUCCGGUAGCCUAACGUGAUAUUGGUUCACCAGCCGUUUAUCAGUCAUGCAGGGAUAGAAUUAAAGAUGUCAAGUUUUUCAUUCAAUGUUUGGUUCACUUAAUCGUCCAAAUUAUGAGUUGUUGAAGCCUAAAGGGAUUCCCAUGACUUCCUAACAUAAAGCACUCUUAGUUAUUGUGAUGUGACAAAUCAGCCCCCCACCCCUUUUUUUGCGCUGACGCAUCACCUCCACUGUUUUGAUGAGGUGAACGUAUUUAAAAAGCCACUUUUUGCAAGAAAACUUUGUGUGGUACAACCCCACCUUCUGUUUUUUGUCACUGUGCAUCUCUUCAUCUAAAAAAUGAGUUUGUAAAAGAGCUUCUAGGUGUCAGAGCAGGCACGCCGUGCUGCUACCACAAACCCCAGAAUAAGAGACUGGUCAAGUCGCGACUCAAACGGACAAACGGAGUCCUGUUUCAAAAGAUAUUGGAUUUUUUCAUUUAUAUUCAGCUUGCCUGAAUGCACACGGCCAUUGUCGGUGAACUAAGGGUGUGCUGGAGAGUUACUCAGGCUUUACUGAUCAAACACAUCCACUGUUCUUCACAUUAAUCUCUUCCAUCAUCAAGCAGUUUCACUUUGAGUGGACAGCACCUUGCACAAGUUUCAAUUGUUCCCCCUUACUGCACCAUCCUGGAAACUGGAGUUUGCCUGUGGCAGGAGCUGCUGGUAUCCUUAGGCUUCCGGGCCUGUGAAAGUGCAUUGGUUGGGCCGCUACACAGAUAGAGCCAAGGACAGGGCCAUCGAACUACAGAGCCUUUGUCUCUGGGUUCAGGCCAUGAGGUUUGAUGCCUCCAUCCACUGACGGGAGACACUGGACCUAAAUGGCGCAGCAUGACUUUGUUCCUGCCUGGCUUAACUUCUCCACGCCUCAGCCCGCCAAGUCCCCUGCUGCCCCCGUUGAGAAGCAUGGAGAGCACUUUCCUCGCGGAGACGGCCGGCCGGGAGUAAACCGCCGAAGACACAACUCCUCCGAUGGCUUUUUCAACAACGACGCGCUCCGAGCCCCCGGAGGUGAUGGGUGGCAGCAGCCGUCUCUAUUGAGGCACGACUCCGUAGACUCUGGUGUCGCGAAGGGGACUCAGGGAGGAUUAGGAGGCGGACCGGGGUGGAAAGAGACCCCCAGCUGGCAUGGGGCGCAGAGGGGCCAAGACGGUCCUCACCACCACCAUGCUCGGCAUAUCAAACGCGGUGGAGGCGAAAGGGACAGACAAGGGGUUCACCGGCAGCGCAAUGGAAACUUUCAUCCGCGCAAAGCCGGGCCGUACCAGGAGAGAUACUCUGAUGAGGAGCGCAACGACGACAAGCUCAAGUUUGUGGAUGAGGAUUUUCCUUCCUUGAAUCCAGAGACAACUGGAAAGCCGGUUAGUCAGGCCCGUGCCGUUGGGACUCCAGCGGGAGUAUGGGAGAAUCCCCCUAGUGCAAAGCAGGCUAUGUCUAAGAUGCUGGUCAUUAAGAAAGUGUCUAAGGAGGAUCCCAGUGCUGCAUUCUCUGCUGGCUUUGCCAGUGCUGGCCCUCUACCCACCAAUGGUUCCAAAGUCCCCAUCCCUGGUCCCAGUGUCUACAAAAAUCUGGUGCCCAAACCUGCCACUGCCCCCAGCAAGUCUGGCCCAUGGAAAACCAAUGGAAGGGAAACUAAAGGGGGUUUGCAUUUUUCUGGACGGGACUCUGCCUUCACCAGCCCUGUUUCUGUGACCAAACCUCUGACACCUGUCAGUGCACCUGUCCAUGGCACUUCAAAAGAGCCACCCUCCAGCACCACCCCUCCCAUAGACAUCACCCCCUCACGGCUUAAGCUGAUGCGGCGCAGCACAGACCGUAAGAGCGAGUUCCUGCGUGGGCUAAAGGAUGAGAGAAAUGGGGAUGUGAGGGGCUGCCACAGUCCUGGAGCUCCAGCAGAGGGAGAGCCAAGCACCCCUGAACCAAAAGAAUUUGGAGAGAGUCAUGAGAACGGCAUCUCCCACUUUCUCAGUGACUCAGACACGGAGCACUUGUCCAGCUCUCUUGAGGCUGAACACAGGUUGCUGAAGGCCAUGGGUUGGCAGGAAUACCCAGAAAAUGAUGACUUCCAGCCACUCACUGAAGAUGAGCUCAAAGAGUUUCAAGCUAAAACUGAGCAGAUGAAGAAGUUUGGUCUGGGACGUAAUGGUGUUCUCCUGAAGCCACGUAGUGGGCCACUGCUGACUUGGAGGACCGCUUCUAACCCCGGUCUGGAAGAGGGCUCCGAGUCCGAGACGAGCAGUAGCAGCGAGACCUCCGAUGAGGAUGAUACCUAAUGUGGCUUUAAACAUCCUCUCCAUUUGCAACUCGUUCUCUCAAUCUAUCUCCUCCAUCACCUGCAUUUAUUUCAAACUGAAAAAAAGAUUUUCAUGGACAAGGAACGUUGAUCAUAUCCCGGCUGGCAUUUGAUUUUUCAGCCCUCUAUUUCCUUAUCUGCAUUGUGUUCUAGAAAUGUCAACGAAAGCCACACAUCCUUCCACCAGAUCUUUUUUUGUUUUGCUUGGGGAAUAAAGACUAAUUCAUAAUAAUAACACCAAUUAUAACCGUGAUUUAACGUGAAAUAUGACAUCAUCUGAAUGUUCUAUAAAAACGGCUUUGACACCUUUCUAAACUUUAUUUCCUUUUCGCGAAAACAAUUCGUAGCAUUAGUGUUAAGAUGAAACAAUCAUUGUGAGCCGCCGACUGCGACGUUGCUACCAGUCCCUCAUAGAAAUGAACUCAAGCCAGCCGUCUCUGCAGCACGGAAGAACUAAAGCGACGUUCGGUGGACUGUCAUGUGUGGCCUGGCAGCUAGAACAUCAGUCCAUUUCUGGCUCCAGUUCCUGGUUUUCAUUCUGCAAUGUCAAAAUCAUCAACUAAUAUUCCUGAUUUCAUCUGUCUGCCAAGUACACUUGUUAAAGAAUGUUUAAAAGUUAGAUUUGAAACCUAGCUUACAGAAGAGUUUGUCAGGAGCUGGCUUUUGAAUAAAGGUAACGUUUGGAUGGAAGGGUCUUACGUUUUAUAUGUUUAGUUCCGGAGAAUUGACCGCUUUUCUGCUUAGGAAGACGUUCAAUGAGAAUCAUACACAGCUGUCUCCUUUCUUGCCCAUAUAUGGUGUGUCGAAGUUUCUUUCCUGAAUGAUUUGAACCAUAUUGAAUCCUGAACAUUUCAGAGUUACUCUAUUAAAAGCGUUCUUAUGCUUUUCACGCUUGCCGAGGCAAUCAUUUUCCAAAGCUUUCCAGUCAUUGCAUGUAGUUGAUAAAUGGGAUAUUCAAUAAACACAAUAAAGGUCUGAAAACGUACUCCACCACAAACCCCUAAUAAAAUCUUUCCAAUGAAAUAGAAAAGCAUUAAACAUUAUUGGGCUUACGUAAUGUUUACGAUGCUGAAAUUGAUCCAAGCUAGCAAUGGUUUGUAAUUACUGUGAACUUUGAGCAAUUCGGGAAGAUGGCUCACACGCUUUGUUUUGCUAUGUUGUUCAUUUGAGGUUACAUCUGGUUGCUAUACGUUCGAUCCCUGCUGCUGGCAGUAAAGUAGAGAAUCAUCUUUAAAAGUUCUUGAUUUCAUGAGGGACUGCUGGUGUAAAUUGUGCAUCUCCUUUUUUUUUGUACCUUGUUUUUGCUGAUAGGGUAUAAAAAUUGCUUUAUCACAGAUUUAAGUUUCUUUUUUAAUUUUUGGUACAGCUGUAAAAAUUCCCACAUUAAUAGUUUUUUUUUUUCUUCUUUUGUUUGCAUUAUAUUGUUUCUGCAGCCUUGAUAUUCAGGGUGGAUUGUAAAAAAUAUUAAGAAUAAAAAAUUGUGAGUUUUGGAAAAUUAA